AUGAAGUGGGAAUCUGUUUUGCUUGCGUGUCUCUCGGCUGCCGUCCAGGCUGCCCCUCCAAGUGAGCCCAAAGAUGUCGGCAGCGCAAAGAGGAUUCCGGACGGCUGCUUUGGGUCCUUUAACGGAAAGUUCCAAAUCAUUAUUAGCAAGAAGACUGCAAAACGUUCAGCAGUAGAGAGUGGAAAGUGUACCGACAAAGGCGCACUUGUCAUGUCCUUGAAGGACGGUGGACUCAUUGAUUCGCAGAAUCGUAUUGGCUCCAUUGCCUCGAAUCACCAGUUUCAGUUUGAUGGCCCUGCACAGCCCAAUGCACUCGCUACUAAGGGCUGGGCGGUUUGCGAUGACUCUACCCUGGCACUCGGCCCAACACGAACCUUCUACCAAUGUCUCUCCGGGGAUUUCUACAACCUCUAUGAUAGAAACUCGGCUAAGCAAUGCGAGCCCGUCACCAUCUACGUCGAGUCGUGCGAAGCCCCAGACAACGCGGACCAACCACGGGUCAGCCAGAUCGGGGACGGCCAGAUCCAGGCCCCAACCAAGGGUGCCAUCAUCACCAAGACUCGCAAUGCCAAAGCUCAUGCGUCCACGGGAGUCUCCUCGCUAGGUCCUAGCCAGCCUUCACGAGCUCCUCCACCAUCAUUGAAGCCUUCUCCCUCUUCUCCUUCACAUACGCCCGGUCCCAGAACUGGUGUCAUCUCCCCCAGACCCUCGACGCCUCAGCCCACGCCAACGCCGAAGCCACAAGCUACCUCCCCUUCUUCCUCUCAGCAGUCACAGAAGCCAAUUGAGGAAAAACCUACACCCUCCAAUCCCCCAGCAUCGAGGGGAAAUAAGACAGGAUCACAUUCUCUUGCAGCCUUGAUCGUGGGCGUAUUUUGGAUUUUCAUGUACAUUUAA